AUGGCCACUCCGGUCUUUACUGCUCCAGCAGGGCAGACGUCCAACUUUGUCGACCCGCCAACCAACGGGACCCGGUUCAUUGCCGUCAAUGGCGCUUUUCUCUUCCUCUCCGUGCUUAUGGUGUCCAUGCGAACAUGGACGAGGUUGUUUAUUGUCCAUAGUUUUGGAAUAGAUGAUUACAUUAUGGUUAUUGCUCUAAUCCUCUCCGCCGUCUUGUCGGCCGUCACGCUGGAGAUGCUCAAAUGGGGCCUGGGCCGACACAUGUGGGAUGUGCCUUUUGACUGGUACACGCCGACAUACCUGAAGCUGGACGUCAUCUCAGCAACCAUCUACUGCGCCGCCACGGGCUGCGUCAAGGUCUCCGUCCUGCUCUUCUACCUGCGCAUCUUUCCCAGCCGCAAGUUCCACCUGGCCGUCUGGGUCAUCAUCUUCAUCGCAACGGGAUACAACGUCGCCUCCGUGUUUGUGAAUCUCCUCGGCUGUCACCCUGUUUCAGCUGUGUGGGAUCUCUCCAUCCGCACUGCCACUUGUAUCAACCGUUCGGCGUUUUACUUUGCCAACGCCGGCCUGGGGAUCUUCACCGACUUUGCCACGGUUCUGGUUCCAGUUCCCUGGCUUCGUCGACUACAAGUUCCCCUCCGCCAGAAAGUGGCGAUCGGGUGUAUCCUCACCAUGGGAUGUUUUGUCGGAAUCGUCAGUUGUAUUCGGUUAGCAACGCUCUUCGUACUCGAAAACACAUCCGAUCUGACCUGGACCACCGUCAACCCUCUGCUAUGGUCCGUGAUCGAACUGAAUCUCGGCAUUGCCGGCGGCUGCAUGACGGCCCUCCGUCCGUUUGUGCGCCAGUACUUCCCCCGCCUCCUGGGUUUGACGUCGCGCGGCCAGAAGGAUUACUCCAACUCUCGCUCACGAUCGCGGUCUCACUCGCAUCCUUUGCAGUCGUUGCCGAGCGCCUCGCGGCCGGAUUUCACCGGCAACAAGACGCAGUACAGCACCACCCUACACGCGGGCGAUAACUCGAGCGAAGAACAUAUCCUCUCUGGUCCGUCCUCGGGGGUGCUAAAGGGGAUCGUUCGGACAGUCGAGUUUGAUGUCAAGAAUGACGAAUAG